GGGAGGGCAGAAAGAAACAGGGAUCAUCCCCGCGUCUCCAUUGACUUGUGCCCGCGUCUCCGUCGACUUUGCCUGCUUCCCAUAAACGAUGGUCAUGCCCGCUCCCUCUCUCCAACCCUCUUCCAUGGCCACUGCGUCGUCAUCUUCUUCUUCCCCAUCUUGUGCCGCCGUCCCUCGAUGGGACUACGACGUCUUCCUCAGCUUCCGAGGGGAGGACACUCGCGCCGGCUUCGUCAGCCACCUCCACACCGCCCUCCGCCGCAUCGGAGUCUGCGUGUUCAUUGACGACGAGCUCCGGCGGGGGGAGAGGAUCUCCUUUUCCCUCGAGCGGGCCAUCGAGAGCUCCAGGAUCGCGAUCGUCGUCUUCUCCCCCAACUUCGCCGCCUCCACCUGGUGCUUGCAGGAGCUGACCAAGAUUCUCGAGAUCAAGGACUCGAGAGGGCAACUAGUCCGGCCGGUGUUCUUCCGUGUUGACCCGAGCGAUGUGCGGAAGCAGACCGGCGUCUUCGCGGAGAUCAUGGCGAGGCAUGAGGAUGCUUUUCGUGGUUUUGAUGGUGAUGGUUUGGAGAGAGUGAGGAAGUGGAGAGGCGCGCUCCGCGAAGCGGCUAAUUUGUCCGGAUGGCAUUUAGGCAACGGUCUUGAAUCUGAACUCAUCCAGAAAAUUGUUGAAGAAGUGUCAAGCAAGCUGCACCGCCCGUACUUGGAUGUCGCGAAGCAUCCAGUUGCUCUUGACAAACAUAUACAGGCUGUAAGAAUGUUAUUGCAUAUAGAGGAUGAUGGCAUUCGCAUUGUGGGUAUCUGUGGGAUUGGAGGAAUAGGCAAGACAACUAUUGCUAAAGCUAUAUACAAUAUGAUUGCUGAUCAAUUCGAAGGUAGUAGCUUUCUGGCAAAUGUCAGAGAAAUUUCUUGGCAGUAUGGCCUUGAUAAACUGCAAGAAGCUCUUCUUUGUGACAUUUUGGGGGAUAAUACCAUAAAGAUUGGCUACAUUCAGACAGGUGUAGAUUUGAUCAGGCAAAAGCUUUGCAAUAAAAGGAUUCUGUUAGUUCUUGAUGAUGUCAAUAGCACGGACCAACUAAGGGGCUUAUUGGGUGAAAGAGGUUGGUUUGGUCAGGGGAGUAGAAUAAUAUUAACAACAAGAGAUGAAGAAGUACUGGUCGCUCACAGUGCAGAAAUCUAUAAGGUCGGUGAACUAAAUUAUGAUGAUGCUCUUCAACUUUUCAGUUGGAAUGCCUUUCAGGAACCAUCACCUGCAAGAGAUUACCAGCUUAUCUCCUUCGGUUUUACUCACUAUGCCAAAGGUCUCCCUUUGGCUCUUAUUGUAUUGGGAUCUUUCUUGAGUGGUAAGAGUAUUCAGGAAUGGAACUGUACAUUAGAAAGAUUGAGAACCAUUCCUAACGGCCAGAUUGAUGAGAUUCUGAAAAUUAGUUUUGAUGGAUUGGAAACUCAUGAACAAUCUAUCUUUCUUGACAUUGCUUGUUUCUUCAAAGGGGAAGAUAAAGAUUAUGUAACAAAGCUGCUUGACCGUUGUAACUUCUAUCCAGACAGGGGGCUUCAAAUUCUCUCUCAAAAAUCACUUAUAUAUGUGAACUCGAACAAGAUAUGGAUGCAUGACUUGCUUCAAGAAAUGGGUCGAGAAAUCGUGCGGCAAGAAUCUCCUGAAAAUCCCGGCAGGCGCAGUAGACUCUGGCAUCAUGAGGAUAUUAUGAGAGUGUUACGAGAAAAUUUGGGAACGAACUCGGUUGAAGGCAUUAAAUUGGACAUGCUUGAGCCUGAAGAGGUGUUUAUGGGUGCAAAAGCCAUCAAGCAGAUGAAAAGGCUUAGAGUGAUUAUGGUUCGCAACAUACAUAUAUCUGGAUGCCCCGAGUAUCUUUCAAAUGACAUAAGGUGGCUUGAUGUGCAUGGAAACAACUUGCCAGCAACUGUAGAAAGUUAUGGUCCUGCGCAACCUAGUAUUCAUCAUUCCAGUCCCACCAAACCGUCUAAGAAUAAGAAACAUCAUGGUCUGAUCAAAACAAUUUUACUUAGAUUUGGAUGCAAAGUUGUAGCAACAACAAACUGUCAAAUUAAUUGCAGAGAUGCGCUGUCAAACUUUAGAUGUAUUGUCGCUACCCCACAUAAGCUUGCCCAGUUUUUACGCUUCAAGAGACGCAGGGAUUAUAGUCAUAACAAUGGCGAAGCAGAUAUUUACAGUGAUAUGCUGUCGGAGGAAUAUUCGGUAUUCAAAAAAUUUACAAAGGCAGAGCUGGUUCAUGCAACUAAUGAUUUCUCCGAUGACAAUAAGAUUGGAGUAGGCAGCGCUGGUUCAGUGUAUUGCGGGAGACUGUAUGAUGGACAGGUAGUGGCCAUCAAGUGGACAAACUUACCCAAAGAAGGCUUUAAAGACUGCAUGUUCAUCAACGAGAUCAAAACUCUCCGUCAUGUGGAUCAUGAGAAUCUUAUUCACUUUUUGGGAUUUCAUGCAAGCCGUAGUGAGUGCGCCCUAGUCUAUGAGUACAUGAAUCAUGGCUCGCUGUACUACCACCUUCACAUGAUUGGAAGCUCAACUUUGAUGUCCUGGAAGGCACGGCUCAGGGUGGCACUGGAUGUCGCUAGGGGAAUCGAGUACUUGCAUGAAUUUGCAGGUCCUCGAAUAGUACACCGAGAUGUGAAGUCAUCAAACAUAUUGCUAGAUAAAAACUGGACUGCCAGAGUUUCGGAUUUUGGACAAUCCAGACUUCUUCCUAAGGAUGGUUCUGAUUUGGAGGAAGAAUCAUACUUGAAUGCUGCUGUUGGCACCUUUAAUUCUCAGGGUCCAGAAUGCAAUGACACCAGAAAUUUUACGGGCACCAGGGGUUAUGUGGAUCCAGAAUACUACGUCACCAAUAGACUAACGACUAAGCUCGAUGUGUAUAGCUAUGGCAUUGUGUUGCUUGAAUUGUUAUCCGGACGCAAAGCAUUACAUAGGGCUGAAGAUGGCUCAAUGGGUCAUAUCACGGACACUGUAGUUCCAUGCAUUGCUCAGGGCGAAUUUGAUUUGGCUCUGGACCCAAACAUGCCAAUUCCGGCCUCGUUCGAGAUGGGGGCAGUAACAGAUGUGGCGUACCUCGCUGUGGAUUGUGCUCAACAACGUGCUGAAGACCGACCCUCAAUGACUUGUGUAGUGGACCGCCUGAGGAGUGCUUUAGCGCAAUGCUCAUCCACAUGACAGCAAAACAUCACCAGCUUGUCUUUACUAUAAUUUCAAGUUCCCCAUUUUUGCUAUUUAAGAAAGAAUGUGAAAUGUAAAGUACAACUAAGCGAUCUUUUACUAUAAAAGAACUAUUAAUUUAUUCCAGCAAUAUAUACUUUUCAACUUUGAAGUAUAA